AUGCCGAACCGCAAGCGCGCAAAGAAUGCUCCUGCGGACUCGUCACCGGCUGAGCCACCACUUGCGGCUCCUCCUUCAUUUGGACAGUCUCACCGUUCGCUUGAGGAAGAGAUUGGAGACUAUCCGGAGGUUCAAAGAAACGAGUUUCUAACCACAAGAGCGAUUUAUCCUGAUGAGUUUGAGAGAGUUCGCGGCAGGAAGGAUGCUUGGAAGACCCAAGAGAACCUCGCCUUCAAAGUUCGAGUCGGGCCACUCGAAGAUCGAGGUUUCUUCGCCAAACUAAUCUUUGAAUUCCCACGCGAAUAUCCAAAGGUUCUUCCCAAGAUCAACAUUGUUGAGGUUCAGCCGAAAGACCCUGAGAUCAAGCGACAGGUUGAGCAUAUCAUAGCAACGGUCCCUCGGCAGCAUCAGGGCAGCGAGUCCGUCUACGAAGUUAAUGCCGCCAUCAUGGACUUUCUUGAACAGACGAUCUCGGAUAAAGCAGCUAAGAAAACUUCGCUCAGCCUCGAGGAAGAGCGGGCAGUCAGAGAGGCCCAGGCUCGAAAGCAGCUCGAAGAACAGAGAGAAAGCGAACGGAAACGUCUGGCCCAAGAAGCCGAGCUGCAAGAACAGCUUCUAGCAUCCCAGGUCGAAACUGAGAAGCAACGUCGUUUGAGAACCACCCUAACCCGCAAGAGCACGGCAGAGGACAGCGAAGAUGUCUACGACGUCCCUGAAGAACCGGUACGCUUCGACCAGUCUAUGAUAUGUCGAGAUACAGCAACCACUACUCCUUUCAAAUUCAAGGCAGUUGUAGGGAGAUCUGUCAUACUCAAGCGCAAAGACAAGAAAAUCACGAUUGUCGCCCCGCGCAUCGAUACGGAUCGUGUACAAGCUCCACAGCUUCUGCUGAAAGAGAUAUACCUUCCGGACAACAUUGGCGGAAAAGAAGGGGAGUUGCAGAAGUGCUUGGAACAGGUGGAAGAAGCCUUGGAGUCGUCAAAAGAGCACCGCCAUCCAAACGUUGUUGACCUUCUCAACUACAAGAUCGAGCAUCUACCAUCCGAGGACGGACCGGGCCAAUGGCGGCUUUCGAUUCUAUCCGAGUUUGCAAACAAAGGCUCCCUUUCCUCCUUGCUUGCAAUUGCGGGCUCACUCAGUGCUGCAAAGGUGCGCUCAUGGACUCGACAAAUAGUUGACGCCCUGCUGUUUUUUGAUCAGCAAGGCUUCGUGCAUCCGGCACUUCACGCUGGUAAUGUCAUGUUGUUCAUGUCCCCGACUGGUGGGCUCACUAUCAAGCUUUCUGACGGCUAUGGAACGCAACUUAGGGAUCUUGUUCAAGCGGCCCGAGAUCCUUCCACCAAAACCAACAAAGACCUGCCGCUCUGGAUUGCGCCAGAGCUCAAUGGCAAAAUCCCGAGACGCACCAGCAAAACUUGCAUCUGGGAGCUAGGCAUCAUCAUCUUACAGAUGGCGUUGGGCCAUCAAGUCCAAGAGGUGUAUACCUCGCCUUCAAACGUGUUGGAAGGCGUCGACUUCACAUCAAGUAGCGAGAGACUGUUGGAAGAGUUAUUUCAGCCCAAUCCCAACAAUCGGCCCUCGGCUUUCGAGCUCAGUCGCAAACAAUUCUUCCAUGAGGAGCGUGAAGCCAUGUUUCGAAACCACUCCCCAAAUAUACCAAGCACGCCGAGAGGGCGGCGACGACGGUACAGCGACAAGCAGGGCCAAUCCCGAUAUCGUGACGAAUGGGAAGAAUUGGAACGCAUAGGAAAGGGUGGUUUCGGCAAAGUAUUCCGCGCAAGACGCAAACUCGACGGGCAAUACUACGCGGUGAAGAAGGUAGAGAGCAGCUCUACGAAGAUGCUGGAAGACAUAUUGCGUGAAGUCACCCUGCUUGCGAAACUCAAUCACCCUUACAUUGUCAGGUAUUACAACGCCUGGUACGAAACCGAACAUGAUGAAGUGGAAGAAAUGCGUCAAGAGGAGAGUCCUGAAAGACAGCUGCCACAUGCUGCUGCUCUCAGUACCGGCCAUGACUUUAUGGAGCCCUCGGUCUACCGCAACCAGGGCGCCGAGUACAGUGAUUCUGAGGAGGAGGAUAUGUUUGCCUAUCAAGCUCCUCCAUCGGUCCAAGACGACAGCUUUGAUGACGAUCAGUUCGAAGUUAGCGCACUUGACGCUGCUCUUGAUGAAGUGGAGCAGAUGACUGACCCCUUUGCUGCGACUGACCAAGAUAAUCAAGAUGACCUGGGUGACGAUCCGUUUGCCAGCAGUGACUCGCCAGUCGUGCAGUCAGAUCAAUCAGAUCAUGUGCAGUCAAUGCGGUCACGAUCGCCACUCCACAACGAGCAAUCCAUACUCUAUAUCCAGAUGGAGUUCUGUGAUGGACAAAGUCUGCGCCAUCGAAUCGCACAAGGCCUCUCUGCCAAUGUGAACUCGGUUUGGCGGUUGUUCCGACGUAUCGUCGAGGGCCUUGCUCACCUGCAUAGUCAUGGUGUUGUCCAUCGAGAUCUCAAACCUGAAAACAUCUUUCUUGACUCUGACGACACACCUAAGAUUGGUGAUUUCGGUCUGGCAACCGCUGGACAAGCAACGUCUAAAACGAAUAUUUCCAAGCCAGGCAUGGUGAUUACAAAUUCCACAGGAUUGGGCACGCAAGGCUACACAGCUCCUGAACUCUACGUUCGUGGAAGCCACUACGACAGCCGCGCCGACAUGUAUUCUCUUGGUGUCAUGUUCCUCGAGAUGUGCUACCCUUUCACUUCAGCGAUGGAAAAGGCUAAGAUCAUGGAUGGAUUGAGACGAGAACCACCCACUCUUCCUCCUUUCUUCGAAGAGGAUAUCCAUCGUCGACAAGGUGAAAUCAUUCUCAAGCUGGUAGAUCCCGAUCAGAACAAACGACCGACUGCCAAAGACUUGCUUGAUAGUGGAUUGAUACCCGAGCCUGUCGAGGAGGAAAAGUUGCAGCGUUACAUUGACCAGGUGGCAGCAGAAAAUCCGGAGAAGUACCAAGAGUGGGUGAGCAACCUCUUUGCCAAACCCAACAACACUGUGUCAAGCCUUGCUUGGGAGGACAAGACGGCGCACGGCAUGUCUGCUGCAGAUUCCAUGUUCUGGAUAUAUGCAUGUGACCAGCUUAAGACUAUUUUCCGCAGACAUGGCGCUGUCGAAGCUGGCAGACAAGGCAUUAUCCCUAAGGAAGACUUUUAUGCCAAACCUGCAACGUUCCUCGAUCCAUCUGGACUGGUCGUACAGCUGCCUGUCGAUCUUACGUUGCCUUUUGCACGCACUCUGGCACAGACUACCUCAAACUACACCAAGACUUACUGCUUCGGCGUUGUCUACCGUGCAACUGUAGCAGGAAAUCAACCGCGACAGGUACCCGAAGUGGAUUUUGACUUUGUUUCACACAGUGCCAGGGAUUUGUCUAUCAAGGAAGCCGAGGUGAUCAAAGUCUUAGAUGAGGUCCUUCGCGACAUUCCUGCGCUUGCAGUCCGGGACUGGACCAUUUACGUCAAUCAUUCCGACUUGAUCAAUCUCAUUCUCGACUUUUGCCGCAUCAAGCCUGUCGAAAUGUCCAACGUCAAGCAAGCACUCUCUCACCUGAAUACUGGCACGACCACAUGGACACAAGUGCGCGAACAACUCCGCAGCUCUGCCAUGAACAUCGCUGAAACAUCAGUGAGCGAUCUGUCUCGAUUCAACUUCGAUGGUGACGUGGAAAAAGUGCGUGGCAAGCUCACCAAGCUCUUUGGUGACAGCGACCACUUGAGCAAGGCGUUGCCUCUUUUGGCGCGGCUCGAGGAUGUCAUUCAGUUCUUAAGGCGGAUGAACAUUCACAGCAAGGUUCUGGUUGCACCUUUAAGCAACAACUCGGAGUAUCUUUACCGGGGCAGUCUUCUGUUCCAGUGCAUGGAGAGCAACACCAAGAAGGUGUUGGCGGUGGGUGGGCGGUACGAUGCCCUCAUCCAAGACUACCAGACCAAGUCCGACAAGGGCUCCGUGCGGGCGGCGGGAUUCCGCCUCAACAUCAUGGACCUGGUCGGCUACGUUCGCGGCCAGGUCCAGCCGCACGGCAAGCCGUCGAGGCCCGCGGCGGCGGACGCCAACAAACUCCUCACCAGGUGCGACAUCCUGGUGACGUCGUUCGACCCGGCGACGUUGAAGACCUCGUGCGUUGAGGUCCUGUCGUCCUUGUGGGCGGCAGGCCUCAGCGCCGAGCUGUCCGAGGAGUUCCGCUCCCUCGAGGAGCUGGAGAUGGCGUACCGCAACAACGCGGGCUACUGGCUGGUGAUCGUCCGGGGCGGGGCGGGUGAACGCACCUUGAAGGUGCGUAGCCCGUUCCGCUCCGAGGAUGAGGUCAAGGCGGCCGACCUGGUGGGCUUCUUGCGCCUGAAAAUGGCCAAGAGUAGAUAG